CGAGAUAGGAGCACAAUUCAUUCACGAUCGUUGAAGUAUAACGAACAAAGUCUCUUCUUAAGAGCAAAUUCAUAUUUAAGGCUAGAUAAAAGUGGAGGCGGGUUUUUGUGAGUGAGAUCGGUGUGGUGGCAAAGAACUUUGAGAGAUUUUCACAGUGAUAUUCUGGUGCAUCAGAAGCAUAAAGCAAAAACUCAACAAAAGAGGAAAUCAUGAAAGUGUUUAUCGUAACAGUGGCGCUACUGGCCUGCGCAAUGGCCGCCCCGGCUCCGGCCGAGGAAUCAUCCUCCAGCACCAGUGCCCUGCACAUGGCGCUCAAAUACUUCGGCAGCUGCAUCGAACAGGACGAGAUGGGAACCUGUCUGGCCGUGAAAGGAAUCACCGCCCUGAACCGUGCUGCUCGUGCUGCCAACAUUGAAAUUCUGCCCGGUGUAACCUUCCAGAGAGAUCCCUCGGUCCCAGCUGACCGUCAGGGCAAGUCCAUCUCUGAGAAUGAAAUCAUCAGCACCCUGCCGGCCGAUGGUGAAGAAAAGAGCGAUACCCUGUUCGAUAUGGCCGUCGAGUCUGCUGAGCGUCUGUUUGCUGGUCGUUCGAUCCAGUUCAAGCUGCCCCAGGAUGCUUCCGAAAACAUUGCCCGCUCCAUCGAAGAAGGUAGACUGAAGAAGCUGAAGAAAGGAAAGAAACUAAAGAAGAUCCUGAGCGCCGUUGUUCUGGCCGUCGGAGGAAAACUGUUCGCCAUCUUGCCCCUGCUGCUCGGAGUCGUCGCCCUGAUCGCCAUCAAGGCUCUGUUCGUGUCUAAGAUUGCCUUCGUCCUGGCCGUCAUUUUGGCUCUCAAGAAAUUCCUCGGAGGUGCUGUUGGUGGAUCCGGAACUCUGGGACUCCUCUCCAAGGCCGUCGGAGGUGCCGUCGGUGGUGGUGCUAGUGCCGGAGUUGCUUCCUCUGCUGGAUCCGCCGGAUGGUCCUCGGGAUCUGGAGCCAGCGGAUGGUCGCAAGGAAACUCCCAGUACCCAUAUGCCCGUAGCUACGAUACCGCUCAAGACCUCGCCUACAGCGCCCAGGCUCCUAAGGCGUAAAAACCUUGCUGCCCUACGCUUUCCUUUAGUGUAGCAAUACCAGCAACAACGAAACCAUAUUAGGUUAGGAACUUUCCGCACACCCACUGAUUCUAGCUAGUCUUUAAUUUCCGCACCUUUUUUGGGUUCUCUACCUCGGGCUGUCCCAGCUCAUCUACCGGUGCCUACCAAAUACUAUCUGUGGCACAACCUUUCCACACUCUCAAUCUAGUCUACCCAAUUAUAAUUUCACACGGGAGUCAAAACAGUGAGACCCAUCGUUGACGAGUCUAGCAGCUAGUCGGUUAAUCGGCACCUAUCAAUCUCAUCUACCAACUAUCGAACGCCUCUACAAGGACGUGAAGUGCCCACAAACUCUAAGCACCUCACGUUUGCUAGCACCCAAUCUUCACUUAUUCAGCAACACCACCCUCUUCAACUACUUUCCACUAUAUACACCCCCAACUAUCCCGAGAGUAAAAAAAACUGGCCGAGAAACGAAAAAAGAACAAACAAAGCGCUAUCCAACUUAUUACUAUGCUAGUACAAGUACGAGGCUUGCAACGAUUGGUAAGCCACACCAUUUUGUACAUACACAACCAAACCUAGGCAAAUCCCGCGUCAUCUGAAGCGCCUAAAAAGCGUAACUAAAAAUGAAAGAUUGUAUAAACCAACGAACAGAUGCAAACCAAAACUCGUCGGCUCAUGACAAAAAUCACCACAGGCAAAUCAUCACUUAAUGGCUUUCCGUUCUGUUGACUUGUCGCCGCCAGGAGGCCGCUCUGCCGAAAACUUUCGCCGCAAGCGCCUCUAGCACGACGAGACCUUACUUACUAUAAUUUUCCGCGCCAGGUGCGCACGAGGCACGUGCGUAUUCACGAACGCACCCUCUCUGUUCUCCUCAAUAUCCGUACCAAUCUGGAAAACUCAUCACAUUUCCGAAGAACGCAACACCAUAUCUCUUCCGAUUGUUUUUUUUUUUUCACUCCAGUUUUCCUUUUAGUGUGUAGUAAUUUAUUUGCAAAAAAAACAAAACAAACGCGCGCGAGCAAGAAUGAUGAGAAUCUUAAAAGUUUAGAAAAAUCGCGAAGGAAAACCGAUCCCAGCGCCAGCGAAGGCGAUCGAAUGUGUAAUUAAUUUAUUUUUUUAUUUAUGACCCCCCUUAAUAAGUAGAACGUGAGUGAAAUGAGUAAAAGUAAUCUUAGUGCGAAGGAGAAACGAACAAGAAUCUUGCGAGAGCAACUGAGAAUAACGUAAAUCCCAACAACGCUUUAAUCGCCCCUGUUAGCAAAUAGGAACCUCUUACCCUGUGUAGAUAACGAUGAAAGAAAAAAAAAUCCGAGUCCAUACCAUAAACCGAGAACCGAAAAAUUCUGAUCACCAUAAAUAGAGCUUAAACGAUAGGAGUCAAUAGUUUUAAUGCAAAUCGAACAUAAAAUAUUGUUGUUUCAAAAGAGGUUUCAAUAAACUAAAGAGAAGAUUUGAUUCGAAAAGAGAGAGAUUUAAAAAUAUA